AUGAUAGAAAAGAGUGAGGAGCAUGACAGGUGCAAGGUCGUGAAUUCCAGGAGUAGACCUUUGGAGAAUACUGUUGAAGAGGUGCUAGAUCAACUUAAAACAGAGAUGGUGGAAGACCAAUCUCUAGAAAAGGACCAGGUCGAGCCACAAGUGGAGAAAACUGGAGAGAUGUGUGAAGAAGAUCCUAAAGAGAAGAAUAGAUUUGAGGUGGUGGAGAAUGAAGCAGAGAAGACUGUAGAGACACCGGUCGAGGAGGUGUUUGAGCCGACAGUCCCUAUGGUGAUACACUAUACAGACCCAGAUACCACUUUUGAGGACAUUAUGCAGAUAGCUCAUGAGGAUACUACAACUGCUAAUGCCGAGGAAGAAGACCCACCGACAAGGGAGGAAGUUCUAGAGACGACUACUCAUGAUGUGGUGGAGUCGUUCUCCCAACUUGCAGAGAUGGGAAUGUUGCCUACAGACGAGGAGUUGGUAGAAGAGGCUUGUAAUAGCGCUGAGGAGUCCAGAUGUGAUUAUCACGCAUGA